AUGGCUCAUCACCGCCAUCGACACAGAAACCACCACCAAGUUGCAGAACCGCAGCGUCAACCCCCAGCCCGCGCCGCAGAACCAAGACAACCCGCCCCACACACCACCAUGGCCUACAUUUUGGCCAUCACCAAACGAUACCUCCCCAUCUUCCUCGCCGUCUUCGUCCUGAACUGCAUUAUGGUCCUGACCGAGUACCGCAAGCCGGGCCUUCUCACGUCCAUCUGGCCGCUGCGCAAGAUCCCCAGACACGAAUGGGCCGUCUAUACGCUCGCCCUGCUGCCGUUUUGGCUGUGGACCUUGUUCAUUUGCAUCGUCGUCAACGGCGUCCUGACCAACCCGGAGUCGCCCGUGUCGAUGGCCAGUGGCGUCAUGGUCUCCACCAUCAAGGUGCUCUAUUUGGUGUACAACAUCGUCCCCUUGUACCUCCUGAUAAGCCGGUAUAUGCCUGCCCAGAAUCGUGGGGUGUUCAGGGAUGCUUCGGUCUUGGUGUGCAACGGGGUCAUGGGCAACGCUAUGCUGACCUGCACUGGUCCGUGGAAGAUAGCCGCGGUUAGUGACUGGAUAUGGUAA